UAACGUCUACGUCGAGUAUUCUCCGACGCGCCUGCUCUCGCUAGUUCGAACGUAGUGGAAACACGCCUCCCACGGAGAUGAGCAUAUUGUCUCUCUUUGGGCCUACGUGAACAUCGUCGAGGAUGCUGUCGUGGUGAACGUUCUCAGUGAUAGUGACAAGUGACAGAUUCGUUUUCGUGCUUCCUAAAAUUUUUUUCUCACCAUGGACGAUAUCAACUUCGCGGCCCAGUGCCUUCUGGAGAUGUCUCACAGCAAGGACCAUCUAAACCGCCCCCUGGAUCUCUCCAAAUCGCUCGUCAAAGAGAUGGUGUUCGCGAAUCCUCCCGGUCCGGCCGUCAUAGUGGAGCACAUCCCCCCCGUCAGCGCUGCCGCCGCCCCCUCUGAAUCCUCCUCGUACAUGGUCGCCAGGAUCCUCACGGACCUGACGAGGAUCAAACAGGAACCCGUGCCCGAGGUUCCGUCUGACGGCGAGGGGAAUCUGACCAUCGACGAGGAGCCCCCCGACGAAGGGGGUAACGUCAAGAGUGUCGUUAAAGUUCCGGCCCCGCCGCCGAAAAAUCAUCGCAAAGUGGACUUAGUGCCGCCUUCCAAAAAGUCCGCUGGAGUUCCCAGGGCGCAACCUUCUCCUCGGGUGGGUACACAGGUCAGGAAGACCCACAAGUGUUCCUAUGAUGGGUGCCACAAGGUCUACGGGAAGAGCUCGCACUUGAAGGCACAUCUUCGCACACAUACAGGACGAUGCCAACGGCUCGCACCCAGUGUCAUCAUCAGAAUGGCGCUAUUGCAGAUAGAAGGAUGGGUCAGAUAUCAAGAAUGGAGAGUGAACUGGACAAGGAAGACUGAAGACAGGCUGAAAGGGGUAGAUAGGAUAUUCCCCUGGUUGCAAGGGGAGUUGCUGGAGGAGAGGGAGGGGGAGGACGGAGAAGUGAUUGAAGUACGAGAAGCGAGGACUGAGGAUGAAAGAAUGAGGAUAGGCGGGCCAUAUAAAAGAGGAGAGGAUGAAUGA